AAAAAAAAAAAAUAAAAAAAAGGAAAAGAAAAGAAAGAAGCGAGAGCGUUUUCUCUGCAUCGUACUGUGCAUGGUGUGUGCUGUCAAGGCUGACCUGUCGAGAUGGCGGACAACAGAGAUAAGGCUACCGACCAGAUGAAGAUAUGGAAGGAGAACAGAGGCUCUCAGAAAGCAGAUGUACUGACCACAGGCGCUGGACAUCCUGUGGGAGACAAACUGAAUGUGCAGACAGCAGGACCGAGAGGCCCACUGCUGGUUCAAGAUGUGGUCUUCACAGAUGAGAUGGCCCACUUUGACCGGGAGCGAAUCCCAGAGAGGGUGGUGCAUGCCAAAGGGGCAGGGGCGUUCGGGUACUUUGAGGUCACUCAUGACAUUACUCGCUACUGCAAAGCCAAGGUGUUUGAACAUGUAGGCAAGACCACGCCGAUUGCUAUUCGCUUCUCCACUGUGGCUGGGGAGUCUGGAUCUGCAGACACUGUGCGGGACCCUCGGGGCUUUGCAGUCAAGUUUUACACUGAAGAGGGCAACUGGGACCUGACGGGCAACAACACCCCCAUUUUCUUCAUCAGGGAUGCCUUGCUGUUCCCGUCAUUCAUCCAUUCCCAGAAGCGCAAUCCCCAAACCCACAUGAAAGACCCUGACAUGGUGUGGGACUUCUGGAGUUUGAGGCCUGAGAGUCUGCAUCAGGUGUCUUUCUUGUUCAGUGAUCGAGGUUUGCCUGAUGGCCACCGUCACAUGAAUGGCUACGGCUCUCACACCUUCAAACUGAUCAAUGCUGAUGGGGAACGUGUCUACUGCAAAUUCCACUAUAAGACCGAUCAAGGAAUAAAGAAUCUGUUGGUGGAAGAGGCAGAACGCCUGGCAUCCACCAACCCAGAUUAUGCAAUUGGAGACCUGUUCAAUGCAAUUGCUAAUGGAAACUACCCAUCCUGGACCUUCUACAUCCAGGUCAUGACCUUUGAGCAGGCUGAGAAGUUCCAGUUCAACCCCUUUGAUCUUACUAAGGUGUGGUCACACAGAGAAUACCCACUGAUCCCUGUGGGCAAAUUGGUUCUCAACAGGAACCCAGUCAAUUACUUUGCAGAGGUGGAGCAGCUGGCCUUCGACCCCAGCAACAUGCCACCAGGCAUUGAGCCCAGCCCUGACAAGAUGCUGCAGGGUCGACUCUUCUCCUACCCAGACACACAUCGUCACCGGCUGGGGGCAAACUACCUGCAGAUCCCUGUAAACUGCCCCUUCAGGGCCCGUGUAGCCAACUACCAGCGUGAUGGUCCGAUGUGCAUGUUUGACAACCAAGGUGGAGCUCCAAACUACUAUCCCAACAGCUUCAGUGCUCCAGACACCCAGCCUCAGUUUAUGGAGUCCAAGUUCAGAGUGUCUCCAGAUGUUGCUCGUUACAACAGCUCAGAUGAAGAUAAUGUCACACAGGUUCGCACCUUCUACACGCAGGUACUGAAUGAAGACGAGCGGCAGAGACUUUGUCAGAAUUUGGCAGGGUCCCUGAAAGGAGCCCAGCUCUUCAUCCAGAAACGCAUGGUUGAGAACUUGAAGGCUGUCCAUCCAGACUAUGGAAACAGAGUUGAGACUCUUCUCAACAAGUACAAUGAAGAGGCCAAAACGGAUGCCGCUCUGCAUGUUUACAGCCGUCCAGGAGCCUCCGCCAUCGCCACAUCCUCUAAGAUGUGAUGCCUUAAAUUUCAAGAGAGCAAAUCAAUGUGUGAUAACUGACUGCUACUAAAAUGAAACGACAUGAGAUCCAGAAAUGAGGUUAAAAUACUAGCAAUGUAGUUUUUACCAUUGUGGCUAAUUGAGUUUUGGUUCAGUCCUUUCAAGCAGUUAAUUUCUCAGUUCUCAGCGCGCUCAUUCUUCUGGAAGCUUGUGAUCAGCACGACAACCAGAGUGAAGUAAAGUUGCCUCAAUUAAACUGCUGUGUUGUUGAGCUUUGAUUAGUUGCUGUUUGGUUAAAUUACUUCCCUUUAACAGCCUAAAGUCUCGAGUCAUUUAAGAGCAUUUCAUUUAAUUUUCAUUUUGAUUUGAUUGCAUUAAAUAAACUAACCAAACCCAUCUCGAGUAAUUCAGAUUGUAUGUUCUACUUGGCUGUGAUGCACAGUCAAAAGUAACAUUUAAAAAUGGUAUAUGUGGAAGUGUAAAGGGUGAUGUCUGCGUUGAGGAUGGUAAAACAUCUACAUUUGUUAUGAGAAAAAACUUCACUUCCUUAUUUCCAGUAUGAGCAAUGAUUUUGUUAGGGUUUUAUUAUUUUUUUUUUUUUCCUGACUGAUGUGCUUGUCGGCAUGUGGAUAGUUUUAACAUCUUCAACAGUCAAGUUUUGAGCUGUAACCAUAACUGAAACAGUCUUCUGUGCCUUUAUGUACAAAAACUACAAUUAACAGAUGGCUUUAACCUUUAUCUGGUAAAGCCUGGGUUUGUUCCUGUUCAGUUUUUGUAUUAAGCCUUUAAUGUCUUUCUCCUCAUUUGAAAACUGGCAUAUAAAUCUGUGAUUUUCAUUUAAGUGGCAAAUUACAAAAUCUGUCUUCUAAAGUAAUGCUAAACACCUCCGUCCUGCAGAGAUGACAAAGAUCAAAUGUAUCACUGUUCUUCAUGUAACCUGUUGUUGUGCAUUUGUAAACUUUCUGCUGAUCUGAAUGUGACUCAUUUAUUAAUGCCUGUAUUGGAAUUGAUUUCACACGUCUAUUUAGUGCCUGCAUUAAUGAAUUUAUAAUUAAAAGUUUAGCAGCGGUGUUC